UGUUGGGGGGCGGCGCUGGCCGCGGGGACGAUGGCGGCGUUGGGGCUGCGGGCGCGGGUCGGCGGCAGAUUCCUCCUCCUGCAGCCGCCUCCCUCCCGCCCUGCCCCGCUCCGAGCGGCCUCGCUCCUCUCGCCCUCCCUGCGGCUCCCUCUGGGAAUCCAGCUCCUCUCCAGCCCCCGGGGGCUCCUUCCCGGCGCCGGGUCCCCCUGGCACCUCCCGCAGCUCCGCACCAAGGCGCGAGGGAACGAGUACCAGCCCAACAACCGCAAACGCAAGCGGACCCACGGCUGGAUCCGGCGGAUCAGCAGCCCGGCCGGCGUCGCCGUCAUCCUGCGCAGGAUGCUGAAGGGCAGGAAGUCCCUGACCCACUGAAACCUCUUCCCGAUCCAGCCCUGGGGCUGUCCUGGCUCCCGACGGACACGGCUCCCGUGUUGUGCGUGCGGGCGGGAGAUAAAAACCUGUGAACACCUGA